GCGUCCUGUCAAUUAGCCCUUUUUCCAAUUCCGCUUCUUUCUUCUUUACUAGUGAAGCAAAAAGAAGUGAGAAAUUGUUUCAGAGAAAAAAUAGCUUGAACGGAGAUGGCGGCAGAGUGUUCAAGUGAAGUAACAGAGAGAAGAGGAAUACCAGCAGCUUCAUUCGUACAAGAUGUUCAGUCAUAUCUUAACCAAUCUGGUCUUGAUGUCAACUCUGGUCUUUCUUUUCUCCAAGAAAGACUUCAACAGUACCGAGUGGUUGAAAUGAAACUUCUGGCCCAACAGAGGGAUCUUCAGGCAAAGAUUCCUGACAUAGAGAAAUGCUUGGAUAUAGUUGCUACUUUGCAAGCUAAGAAGGACAGCAGUGAGGCAUUAAUUGCUGAUUUUGAAGUGUCAGAAGGUAUUUAUUCCCGGGCUAAGAUUGAAGAUGCUGAAUCUGUGUGCUUAUGGCUAGGGGCAAAUGUCAUGCUGCAGUAUUCAUGUGAAGAGGCUACUGCCCUUCUUCAAACAAACUUGGAAAAUGCAAAAGCAAGUUUAGAGGUUCUUGUGGCUGAUUUACAAUUUCUGAGGGAUCAAGUGACAAUUACUCAGGUCACAACUGCUCGCGUAUACAACUGGGAUGUACAUCAACGUCGACUUCGACUGGCUACUACUCCCAAAGAAUCAGAAUCAUGAGAAACACCUUUCUUUUGAAAGAGGUGGUGGUAAAUGUUGCUUCACAGAAUACGAUUCAGAUCUUUUUGGUUCAUCUUUGUAGGUUGAUUUUUGAACUAUCCUUGUUUCUACGUGUAAGAAACAAAAAUGUGAUUUGGCCAAAGAAACAAAUUAUGAGUUGGCUGAGUUUAUUGUGCUUUUGCGACACGAUUUAGAAUGUAAUGGGACCACUUUUGGGGAACAUUAUUGAAUCAUGGGAUAACUAUGCAUUUUUGGCUAA